GCACGACCCUGCCCGUGAGCAAUCUCCCAACUCAUCUGUGUCAGAAAUACGUUGCGCCGCCCUUGAGGGCAAAAAACAGUGCGAUAGCGCUGCCACCCACAGAAUAAAUUUCAAACAAUAUUCUGUAUCCUUUCUCGCAGACACGAGAUCCCAUAAGAAAGUCUAUGCUGGUCUAUGCAGUUCGUCUUCUUGGUCUGUCUUGGUCUCUAGUGUCCAUGGUCAGCAUCAUGGGUAUUUUGUAGUUUAUUUAAUUUAUAAAGACAAACGAAAACAGUUAUUGCUCUUUUGAAAUAUUGUAUUUCAAUAUAAUAUUAAGCUACAAAAUACCUUUAAGACGGAUAGAAGAGAAAUAUGGACGUGGAACAAAAUGAGGAGCUACAAUUACAUGGCGGCAAAUUCUACACCGAUUCUGCCGAAUAUUGGAAAAAGAUUCCUCCCACGAUUAAUGGCAUGUUGGGUGGAUUUGGCUUCAUCACCAAAACUGAUAUCGAAGGCUCUGCAUUGUUUCUAAAUUCUCUUUUGGAGCUUCCUAACCCUCCUGCAAGAAAAUAUGCAUUAGAUUGUGGCGCUGGUAUAGGAAGAAUAUCAAAGUCGUUGUUAACUAAGUACUUUACGAACGUUGAUCUGGUUGAACAGAAUCCAAGAUUUUUACAAGAAGCUCGUGUAUUAAUGCAGAUUUGUUCAUCAAGACUCGGAAUUUUAUACCCCCUAGGUUUACAAGACUUUACACCUGACGUUGCAAAAUAUGAUGUCAUAUGGUGUCAGUGGGUUUUAGGGUACUUGCAAAAUGACGAUCUGGUUAACUUUUUUAAACGAUGUUUGGCUGGGCUCAAACCAAAUGGAUUAUUGGUUAUCAAGGAAAAUGUAACAACUUCAAGUAAUAUCGAAGUGGAUACAAAAGAUUCAUCAAUAACGCGACCUUUGGAUAAUUAUCGUCACAUUUUCGAGAAAGCAGGAUUUACUUGUAUUAAAGAACAGCAACAAACUAGAUUACCGCGUGGACUUUAUCCAGUUUACAUGUUUGCCCUCAGACCAGUAAGACCAGUCCAGUCCAGUCGGAUCAGUGAGAUCGAUACCAGUAAAACCAGUAAUAAUGAACUAGAUUUCACAUUUUAAGUCAUAACCAAAAUUUGUACAUAAACAUGAAGAGGAUUUAUCUUUUGGGUAGUCUGUCGCAAAUGUGAUUUGUUAUCUAAAAGGAUAAAGAAUAUGUAAAUGCUACAUUGAUCAAAUAUUACUAUUACGUAAUAGAUUAAUAAUGU